UGGACUCUAUGAUUACCACUACCUUAGCCUUAGCCUUAUUUAAUUUGGCGUAUACACUUAAGCCAAACAUGUUUUGGUAGGACAAACAAUUAACUUUAAAAUAUUUUUGGCUAUUUCAGAUAAAGCGGCCCACGACGACUUUGUUUUUCAAUUCUAAGGAAUAAUUUGAAGGUAUAGUAUUCAAGUACAUUAAUCCAGCAAAAUGUAGUGCCGUAAGCGGCGUAGGCUCGGCUUAAGCCUCGGGCCUCGAAUACUAACCGUUCUAACGGACGGACUAACCGGACCGUUACUAUACUAUACUAUAAAGAAUAACUUAUAAGUGAGUAUAAGUUAAAAUUGAUGAUUGAUCGAACGCAAGUCAGAUUUGUAAUAAAGUUAUGGCCCUACUCCUAGUUACAUUACAUUAUAUAAUAUAGUUAUAGACGCAAAAGCCAAAUAGGGGGUCACACUUAAUUGGGGAGGAAAACUUCAUAACUUUUACGACUUGAGUCUUGGACUCUUGAGCUAGAAAGUUUGGCUAAAUCCAAGUACGGCUGCCACGGCGUCUUUUGUGUGUUAAUUAUAGUUGCAGUGAAUUAGGGUUUAGGUUAGGUUGCGGGAUCGAUUUAGGGUUCAGGUUAGGCAUAGGGAUCGAUUUAGGAAUACAUUCGUGAAAUUCGAUAAAAUAGUGGCAGUCGUCCCUGUAAAUUACCAGUAUUUUGUACUUUAAAAAUGUUUUGAAAUUUUCAUCCAAAUGCUUACUAAAAUAUGUUCAAAUGUGUUCAUUGUUUUAUUCAAUAUUGUCUAAGACUUAUUAGAUUCCUAGAAAAAGUUGCCCACCCUGCUAUGAAACAAAAAAAUGUAAUGAAAUUUUCAUAAACUAUUUAAAUCUGGCUGCUUUUUUUUCAUUCAUUGUUAUUUUUGCAGGUUUUCAAAAAUCAAUUAAUAAAUGAAAAAUGACGAUAUGAACUUCAUAAAGCCAUACUUGUUUUACUCUUCUAAUAGAAGAAGUGUUGCCAACUCCAUAUAAUAAAAUGAAAUUUUCAUACAACUAUUUCAAAUGGCCAGCAAAUGUUCUAAAUUUUAUAGUAGAUAAACAGAAGUUCAACUGUUUUUUAAGCAUGUCUUCUUAACCUUUUUGCAGUGGCACACACCGUCUCAGUUUUCAUUAAAUUGUAACAAUAUAUUAAAAUAAAAAAAUGAUAUGAAGUGUCUACACGUCUGGCGCGCCAGACACAUCAUAGUGCGGGAGAUAUACAUCCGACAUGCAGGUCACAUGACCGCCGGACGACUAGUAGGCGUUAUUAUUCCGGCAGGUCAUGUGAUAAGUGGUCGCCGGCAAAAUAGUUGCAUUGCAUUUGAUUUUCCGAUCCUUAGAUAAUAAAUAAAUGCUGAACAUGUUAAUAUAUUCAAAUGCUCUGAGAUAAAUAAAGUGUUUGUCUUUGAAUAUUAAACUAGUCGGCCUAUAUACUAACUAGUAGUACUGGUACUUGUAAAGCUCUACCUUGAAGCCUAAAUUUAAAAUAUGAACCAAAUAAAAUAAGACCAGUAGACUUCAAUAGACCUAUGUCAAUAAAGUUGUAUUUCAGGAUUGGUAUUUAGUAUUGCAUGAGAAGUAGGCUAGGCUACCACUACAUCAACCCUAUAUUAAGAUGUAGGGUCUAUUUCUUUGUGAACUAUCGGCCUCCCCGCCUUAAACACAAUUAUUUAUCACCCUCACUAUUAUUUUUUUAGCAUUCAUAUUUUUUAUUACUGUAAUUCUCUCUCCCUCUUAGCAUUGCCUCCUUCUAGAAUGCAUUUUGCUUGACCCCCACUUUGUUUUCCUAAUAUACCCAAUACCCAAUUAUUUUUUUAUAUUAUUUGUUAGCAAGAUACUCAGUAAAUUACAUGGUAGAGAAAUAGAGUUUAAAAUUAACAAUAGUUUUGAAUUAUUCGCUGUCACAUGACAAGGCUGGCGGACGAAUAUCUCACACCACUUUAUUACGGCGGUCAUGUGACUUUGUCGCCGGACGAAUAUCUCAAUAAAGUAUUCUUCUGGCGGUCAUGUGACACUGCCAAAAUGACAUCCAUACUGCAGAUGACAGGGUAGAGUUUUAAGAAAUUUAAGAAAAAUAAACAUAUUUGUUUUCUGCAUUUUCAUGUUUUCGGUAAUGCACAUGCAAACUAAUGUUGGUCUGACACAUAUACAUAAGCUUCAAGCUACAGGUAAUGAAAAAUAUAAUCAGCUCUCAUUUUUAUAUUUUAUUAGUUUAAUUUUAGAUUUUCAUAUGUUUUUUUCCAGACAAAUUUCUGCAUCUUCCCACACCCCUGGUUAAGAACCCCUGGUCUCAAGUCUCGAGAAUGCAUUUUUUAAAAUAAACUUGUUGAGGCCCUAAUAAAUAUUUUAAAUACCGGUAGUUCACAAAAUUGUAAUAAAAGUUUAAAGCAAGCAAAAAUUAGUGCUUAGAUUUCCUAUUUUGUUAUGGACUUAAAGGGAAAAUUCAUAUUUGGUCAAAUUUAUAAUGAUGGCCUGUAAAUUUACAUACAGUUGGUAAUCCUGACUCUAAGCUUCAUUCAUAACAAAAUUUCACACAGAAGAAAUUACUGAAGUUAAGCCAUCAAAUAUUUGGGAAGACAUGCAUAAACAGUUGUGAAAUAUCCUUUUGAUUUCUUAACAAUAAAAAUUAUUAAAGAAUUUAAAGCAAUAUUAAUUCCAGAGGAAUCUGAUACCAGACCUGUUUACUCUUACGAUUUUGGCGUACAAUGUACAAUUUUUAGGCGUAUAGAUUGUAUAUACUGUUAAUUUUUUACUAUAAUUAUAACGUAUUGAACGAUUUUGUGAUGAUAUUCUACGAUUUUAAGAGUUUGAGGGUAAACAGGUCUGUGAUACUUAAAUGAAAGAGUUAAAUUAUAUAGUCCCUAAAUACUUCAGGUUGCUAAAAAAACUACUAAUAUAAAAUUUAAUAUGCAAGUUAAAGUGUUACAAAUUUCAAUAAUCUUUAUGUGGACUGUUUAUGUAUUAUGAUCAAGUUAAUGCAUUUUCAUAGGUUUUAUGCAUGCAACUAGUUGAUGGCUAUCAGAUGCAGAGUGUGUUAAAUGCUUGACAAUGCUAUACUACCAGUUGUAUUGCAUGUUUGUCUGCCUACUAACACUGACUCAGAGUUUUCCUGAUUAUGACAGUCAUGUUUUGGACACUAAUAAGGAAGAUGGAGAAGAUACAACUCCAUGUAAGGCAAUUUAAAAUCUAAUUUUUUAAAUUUUAGAUUAAUGAUAUAACUGCAUAUUUGUUUGUUUGCGCAUAGUACAUUUUCCAUAAUUUAAUACUUUUCUAGAUUCAUUAAUUAGCAAAAACUUAUUUUUAGAUAUUAACCCUCGGGAGACGUAAGGGCCGAUCUAUCGGCCCAAGGUUGACUAGCGACGAGAAAGACAUAAGUCUGAACUAUCGGCCCGACAAACCGAGCCUCACGAUUGGCUGGCAUGGCGUUGUACCAGAGAAUCAAAAUUAUUCUUACGUAUUCCUGCACAUCCAGGCAUUGUAAUGGCGGCGUUCGUUGAAGGUGAACUCAGUAUAUUAGUGAGCAGGAAUUUUUUUUUUUUUUUGUGUAUAGUUACAUCGUGAAAUUCAAACAUGUCUGACAGUGACUCUGAUCAAACUGUGCUUAGUGAUUUUUUAUUCUUGCAGUGAAUCUGACACUGAAAAUGGUGAAAACGAGCAAAUAAAGACUUUUAAAUUGAGGGUAAUGGUAAUGUUGUGAACUUUUGGUUUAGUAUUACUAGUAUUAGGGGUUCUCAAAUGGACAGAUAUGACCCCUCUUUAGACAACAUAAGUCCUAUAUAAAUAAGGCAUAAGCAUCCCAUUUGAGUACUUUAUUAUAUUUUUUACACUAAAUAUCACUCAAGUGUUAAUGAGAGAGACCAAUAGGUAUGCAGACAACUUUCUCAGUAACAUCCAGCUUAAGAGAAGGUCCCGAGGUCAUAAAUGGGGGCCUGUUACAGUGUGUCUGUAACAACUGAAAAAUAGGGGGUGGGGUGGAAAAGGAGUAGAACCAUGUGCCAGAGGGGUCUCAAGGGCCUCCAUGGGCCUUUUUUUCCCCAAAAAAUAAGUAUUAGGACUUAUUCAGGCUUCAUCCAUCAAACAAUUCACACAAUUGAUACAAGUAAGUCAUGUUUAUUCUAGGUGUAACAAAAAAUUAUAUGCAUAAAUUAUGCAAAUAAGGGUAGCUCAUUUGCAUAAAUUUUGAUAUUUCAGUUUUAUUCAUAAAUAUUGUAUUAGUUCAUUCAAUUUCCUACAAGAAUAUAUAUAGUUUUACAUAUGUUAAGGGAAUAGUUUAUUUUUAUACAUUUUUUUGCAAUGUGAGUAUCGAGCUCGUAAAAAGUGCGCCGUCUUUUUGGCACAUACACCCCGAAAAGGCUCCGUCUCCAGAGAGUUAAGACAUAUGAUAAAUUUAAUUCUAAAAUUCUUGUUUAUUUAAAAGUAAAUAUAAAUUACAGGUGGUUAUUUUCAGUAGAUUAUUAAAAUAUGUUUCAUGUGAUACUUAACAAAAGAUGUUUUGAAAACAGUACAAGCCUUUUGCAUGUUCAGUGUUUAAUAAGGGCUUGAAAUGAAUUCUUUAAAAAAAUCUGAGUUUUUUCUGAAUAGCAACAAAACAAAAAUGAAUAUAGUAGUUUACUAAUUUCAAAUAUUAGUUUUUUCAUAACAAUAAAAAAUACUUUUUGAAAAUGCUCCUCUGAAAAUCGGAGCUAGAUUUUCUAUACUGUAUGUGCUUGUAUAGAUAUAUACCACAAAUAAGCAGUCAAUUAUAAAAUAAAAAAUGUCUGAUUCCUGCUAAAACAUCAUUAAAACAUUUAAUUGUAAUUACUGUGCCAUAAUAAAAUGAAAUUUGCAUUUAUGUUAUUUAUUUAUUUCCUUUAAUAAUGGUCCAGUAACAAAAAUAAUUUCAAAUGUGAUGACAAGUUUUAUAAUUUCAGCUGUUCACCUAGAUAAUUGCUGCAGGCCGCAGCAUGUGCAUUUAUCAUUUGGCGACACAACCAAUGAAAUGAUAAUUGUUUGGUCUACGGAAUGCAAAUGUGUUGGUGAGGUAAAAUAAUUUAUGUAAUGCCAUUAAAUACAGGGAUAGUCAAGACCCAGAUAUUUCCUUUUGACAAAAUCAGCUUUUAAAUUUUAAAAUAAAUUUGUCAAUACCUUCUUUUUAUUACCAUGCCAUUAUGGUAAAAUUAAUAGCUGUAUCAUGAGAGCAGCAUGUAUGAAGAAUAUCAAAAAUUUGAACUGCACUAGUGUUCAGGUCUACAUGAGAGAAAGAUUUUUGUAUCCAAAUAUUUCUCAUUAGACAAAGAAAUGUUUACAAAAGGUUAGACCAGGCUUUCAUCAGAAUUUCUGAUGUGUUAUUUACAAAUAAUUUUUGCAUUUAACUUUUUUUUUUUGUGGAAGCAUUUACGCUUGAAAUAAAAAUUAAUCGUUUUGAGUUUGUAUUCUUUAAGUGUUAACUGAAUGAAUAAAAAAAUUAAAAUAAAAUUCGUCCUAUAAUAAUUCAGCAUGAAAAAAAACUGUAUAAAAGUUAAUUUUACUAAACUAGGAAAAUGCAAUGCAACGCAACAUUAAAUUGACUUUUGAAAUUAACCUUUUUUCUAAAACAGGUUAGAUAUGGCACUCACCCAUGGGGUCAAGAAACUAAAAUUCUUGCAGAGUAUAAAUAUUUCAUAGAUCAGAAUAAGAACGGUAUGCACCAUCUGUACAGAGUUAAAUUGCAGGUAACAUUAAGAUUAUUGUGAGGAAACAGUUGAUUCUGCUUUUUUUAAUAACAUGGCAUUAUAAUUAAGGAAAUUAUUUUUAUUUGAAUAAACAUUAGGUAAAAAAUAAAUGUAAUCUUAUUUCCAGCAAUUGGCUCCUAAAACAGUGUAUUAUUAUUUACCAGUCAAUGAUGAAAACAGUGCUGGACCAUUUUAUUUUCAAACACCCAUAAAAGGAAAUGUGAGUCCUAUGAUCAGUUUUCUAGAUACUAUAAAUCAUUAAUUUUUAAGUUAAAUCUUUAUUCCAAACAUUUCUUUAUUUCAUUCUAAUGCAGCGGUUCUCAACCUGUGGGUGGCGACCCCUUUGGGGGUCACGUGACCAUUUCCCUGGGGUCGCCUAAGACCAUCUGAAAAACACACAUUCUCAUCAGCUAUGAAGUUUCAACGACAAUUAUUUUGUGGUUGGGGGGUCGCCCUAACAUGAGGAACUGUAUAAAGGGUCGCAGCAUUAUGAAGGUUGAGAACCACUGUUCUAAUGAAUGCUGUUUUUGUAUCAAUCAAAGGGUAAAGUGGCAGAGAAUAGUGAAAGCCACAUUUAAAACAUAUUAACAAAAAGAUUUAUUUGGUAAAUUUAGUGUGUUUAUAAUUAAGGGGGGGGGGGGUAUAGUUAGAGAAACUUUUUGAUAAUGGGUACCUACUUAAGGUAUGUUAAUAACCACCAUAUAAUAUUAGUCUUUUUGAAGAAGAAAAUGGCAAAUAUACCUCUUACAUUUUUAAAAAUGGAUUUUUUAAUUAGUAGGAUUUUAAUUUUUACUCCAACAGCUGUAAUUUUAAUCUUGGAGCAAAUGUAAGAAGCAUGAUCAAGGAUAGCAAUAGAGUUAUAAGUUUGAAUAUUACAUUUUUAAUUUUUUUAAAAUGUAUUUGUCUAUAUUCCCCAACCAGAACUGGUCACCUAAUUUUUUGAUGUUUGGAGAUCUGGGUAUACAUGCAAACACAAUACCAUCACUAAUAAAUGAAGCGUUAUCUGGCAAUUAUACAGCUUUAUUCCAUGUGGGUGACUUUGGCUAUGAUUUAAAAAGCAAUGAUGGCGCUGUGAGUACAAUUCAUUUUCUCAGAGCUCUAUAUUAUUUCUUGAGAUCUAUAUUAGCUAUAUCCUCUAUUCUUCGUCUUCUAUAUCUUAAGGGCCCACGAUCAAUUUAUUGAUCAUUUUGGCUCCUAUGCAUGUAGAUGGGAUUUGCAAUGUUUCUGUUCCUGGUGUUGAUGAGGAAAUUUCACUGAUUUCCAGUCCCACUUUGUGAGGGUAUCAUGCACUAGGGGUUUGAAGGAUUGAGGCAAUAGACACAAAUGUGUUUAGUGUUGUCGCCUCAACUUCAACCGUUCCUUUUGAAAGAUUGUUCCAGUCCCUGAUUGUCUUGGGCAGGAAUGAGCAGCUCCUAUACUGGCUUCUUGCUGGUAUGAGCCUGAAUUGCCUGUCAUGGCCUCGUCGCUGUCUAUGGGUGAGAGGGACGAGUUUCUGUUUAAUGCUGGAACAGUGGACCAGCCCAUUAUUUAUCUUGUACAUUCCUUUACUUAUUUAAACAUUUGUUGUGCCCUGUAUAAAUCGUUAAAGAUAAAUUGUUCAAUACAUAAAUAAAAGUGUAUUUUUUGAAUAUCUUAACAUUUUUAAUGUCACAUCUGAAUAAUUUUAUUUUUGAAAGAGUACCAGAGUAAAAAUAAUUAAAAUGAAUUAAAAGUUUUAAAACAAUGAAGUAAAAUUCUGCUACUUCUUAAUUUAUUUUGAAGUCUAUAAUUAUUUUGCAACAAAGUAAGCAUUUCUAUUACAUAUUUCAUAACAGUUAGUUGCUUCAAGAGGAUUUUUUUCUAAUUUUGAGCUUGAGUGCACCCCUUUUCUUUAUUGAUUUGUAAAACAAGUGAAUUGCCUAAUAAUAUCAUUAAAUCAUUGUAACAAUAAUUAUUUAAAUGUAACUAAAAUAAAAUCAUAAUCUAGGCUCCAUCAGAUUUACAAAUACAAAAGAGUUGAGCCUAAUUAAAAUUAAUGUGAAAAUGUAUCAUUUGCUUGAGAUUGGUGACUACUUCAUGCAACUGAUUGAGCCUGUGGCUGCAUACAUUCCAUACAUGACAUGUCCUGGAAAUCAUGGUAAUUAUAUUUAAUAAUGUGAUAAUUAUUUUUAUCUGAAAAAGAUAUAAAUUAUACUGGUAAUCACCUUUUUGUGAAAAUUAUUAAAAUUUAAAAACUAUUCAUGAUAAUAUAAAUGAAAAUAUAGCUAAAUCCAUUUUGCCCUGCGAUAAAAAGAUAUUAAAAUGUUUAACCUUUUUGUGUUUUUCUAUUGUCAGAAAUCGAUUAUGGAAGAUUUUCUCACUACAGUCAUCGUUUCUCAAUGCCUGACUCAGAAUGGCCCAUUCCAUUCGAUAAAAUGUGGUACAGCAUGGACAUUGGACCUGUUCACUUUAUUAGGUGAAUAAGAUAACCUUUAAAUUGCAUAAUACUUGAAUUCAACUAAAAGUCAAUUUUGGUAAACUGUUAUCUCUAUUUAUGAAAUUAAUCUCUCUAAGCUUUUUUAUGCCCUUGACUUCAUUUGUUUUUCCUACAAAAGUAGCAAAGUUUUUAGAAGCCUUAAAAUCAACAUGCUAGUUGUAAAUCAAAAACAUAUUGAUUCUGCGAUAAAUAAAAGUUGCAAAUUUUAAAUACUGCUACUGGUAUUUACAAAUAAGAUAUUUGGUGGACUAAUUUGAGAUCUAAAUAAAGUAAAACAAACAAAUAAAAAUUUGCUCAUUAUUUGUAAUCAAAUACAAAUACAUUAAGAAUUAAAAUUUUGCAACACUCCAUGUUUUUAAUCAAUUUGUUCAGUACAAUCACUUUUUUUAUCAUAUGCACACCCACAAACAAUGAAAUCGGUCACCUUUCUUGGUGGUUCAGUCAAUGGACAGGCAGCACAAAGGCCAGAAGUGUCGCUCUAACAUGCCCCAUCCAAGCAAGUCUAAUCCGUGGUGGAAGCUAAAAUGCCAACACCUGACUGUGUAACUCAGUGUCACGACCUUUCUUUAUUAAGUCGCUGCCUCCAUAAAAUGUUGCGGCCUUCUUACGUUGGUCUAGUCACGGCCUUCUCAAUACUUGACAUGUUAGGAUCUUCGUCCUGACACUUCAACACAUCCCGCAGUAGUUACGUUUACUUCACAGUCAGCAGACUCCAUGUUGUCUAGGGGUUUACAACAGUUUCUUAAUAUCUAUAUAUAUAUCAAAACUCCAGCAUGGAAAUACAACAGUUCUUUAUUUACAGGAUCCAAUAUCAAUUCACAGUGACAACGUUCAACAGCGAUAAUACUAACUCUCAAUUUGUCUCUCUCUGGGCUCUCACACAUCAGCUCUCGACUAACGUGUCUCUCUCUUCUAGCACCACUACUACCAACUACUUCUUGACUACCUGACUUACUAACACACAGCCCUUUUAUAUCACCACCCAAACAACUCAGCAUGCACAACUCAAUAACAAGAACCAAUCUCACGCUCUGACCUCACGACUUACAACUCACAAAACAGUCUCACGAUCAACAACUCCCCCUACCCAACAUUCACAACAAUCUAGUUCACAACACUCAGAUGAUAACGGAACACUGCCUAAAAAACUCCUACUUCAGCAAGCUAGACAACAACAGGGACUUUAACUGCUCGAAUUGCACAUUGGCUCUAGAAACAAUUGUACACCUGUUAACUUUGUGCCAUAAACUGGAACUUGAUGAGUCCAAUGUUAAUAAAAUGGUGCAUGUCACAGCCAAGCAGAUGGAGCUGGUUACAAAUGUAGUAGCAGUAGCCAUAAAGUGCAAAAGCUCAGUCCCUUCCAGAAUAUGUAUGUUAGAUAUUUGUUUACAUCACUAUGAUCUUAUCACUGAGAAAAAAAAUAAUGAAAGGGGAAAAGUGUUUCAGAGUUCUUCUGGGUUUUUUAAUUUAUUAAUUCCCACAAUAUCUGAUCAUUUCAGUUAUUCUACAGAGGUAUUCUUUACCAACAAUGGAGUAAGUGUACAGAAACAAAAAGACUGGCUUAAUGAAGAUUUAAAAAAAGCAAAUACCAAAAGAGAGACAACACCUUGGAUUGUUGCAUUUGGACAUAGACCAAUGUAUUGCAGUACUAAUAUUGGCGAUGAUUGCUCUCGAAUUGAUUCCAGAGUUCGUGAAGGGUAAUUGUUUUCUUAUACUGGUAUUAACGCUUUAUGAUCUAUAUCAUUUUCUGUUUAGCGCAUGGAAACAAGGAGGUAUAACAAAUGUACCCUUUCAUUUUUCUUUGGCUGCAUGCUCAAUUCUGCAUACAAAACACUCUAGGAAAUUUGAAAGUAAAUAUGUUUUUAUUGGAUUGUAAUAAAAUGAUGCUACUCUAUUUUUAAAAAUGUUUUUAAUUAAAAUAAUUUGGUUCAUCUUACUUACCUACUUAAAAAAUUGUGUUUAUGUAUGAAAAUUGAUAUUUUGUCAAGUGUUCAGUAAUUUCAAAGUAGAUUUGUAUCAGAUAUUUUUAAUGUAACUAUUUUAUCUAAUGUUACUAUACUAAUUCAGAUAAAGGAAUCUAAUGCAUAAUAACUAAAAUAAUAUCGGAGCUCAUUAAAUAAGGGAGGACUCUGUAACUGAGCAGCUGAGAGAUUUUAAUUUAUAUUCCUCCUAAUCUAUUGGAAAAUAAAGUAUAAUCAAUUUUAAUUUUGAACAUUGCAUUGACAGUCACACUUUUUUUUUUGGUCAAAUAUUUUAGACAACAAACUCCUCAUUUUCAAUGAAGUAAUUUUAAAUAAUUUUUUUUAAAAUUUGAAAUUCUAUUUAUUUCAUUUUAUCUUCAUUUAAUUCAGAUUAGAAGAGUUGUUUACCAACUGGUCAGUUGAUUUAAUAAUUCAAGCCCAUGAACAUAAUUAUGAGCGUCUAUGGCCAUUGUACCAUGGGAAAGUUUCAAAUUUCUCAUACAUUAAUCCUGAUGUACCAGUGCAAAUUAUCACUGGAGCAGCUGGUAGCAUAGAAGGAACAGAUCACUUUUUGCCUUAUAAUCAGCGUAAGUAAACAUCAGAACCCCAUGUGGAUUAAAACAAUAUUUAUUAUUUGAGAUAAAUAAAAAUCUUUGGGCAAAAAUUUUAAAUCUUGACAAUUAUUUUCUAACAUUUUAAACCAUUAAUUUAACUCACAUUAUUGUUUUCUUUUCCUUAUAUAAAGUUUUUGUUUUAUUUCUUUUGCAGCUGACUGGUCGGCUUAUCGGUUAGAUAACAAGUCUCUAAAUAGUUAUGGUUGUUUACGGGUUGUAAAUUUAACACAUAUUUUUUGGGAACAACGGUCUAUUAAUAAUCAUACUUCCUUAGACAGCAUAUGGAUCAUAAAGGAAAGAAACGUUUCGUUGCAAGAUGAGUCAGACAGUUAUGUUAACUUAUCUAAAUUAGAAGAAGAAAAUCUAGACAAUAAAAAAAGCCAACCUGAUAUCAUUAGCACUAAUGUGGCUGUAUUUUUCACCUAUUAUAAUAUGAUUGUCAUAUUGUGUGGACUUUCUUUGGGUUUACUAUUGUUAAUUGGAAUCAGAUUGCUUUUUAAACAUAAAAGAAAGAAUAAAUUUGUGAAAUUCUGGAAUGUUAAAGAUCUGAAAACAAAGAGCACACUUUUAACAUCUAGAGAAGAAAGUGAUAGUGAUAAAGAAAAUCUGUAGAUUUUGGACCAAUGGUUAUUUUCUUUUACUUUCACAUUUAUGAAAUACAAUUAAAAUGUUAUUCAGAGUUAAAAUCAGAAAUGCCACUGUUAUUUUAUACCGAUAUUGGGGGCUUACAAAAUUAUUUUUUUAUUCUUUAUUAGUUCAGAGC